AUGUCGCCUCGAACCAGCUCUCUGCUGGCCCUUGUUCUGGCCUCUACUGGAGCGCUGGCUGCCACUGGACCUUGCGAUAUCUAUGCUUCUGGUAACACUCCUUGUGUUGCUGCACACAGCACGACUCGUGCUCUUUACGGAGCCUACAGCGGAGCCCUUUACCAGGUCAAGCGUGACUCCGAUGGCAAGACGACCGAUAUUGCACCAGUAUCGGCUGGUGGUGUCGCCAAUGCGGCUGCUCAAGAUUCCUUCUGUGCGAGCACGACCUGUCUCAUCAGCAUCAUCUACGAUCAAUCUGGCAAGAAGAAUCACCUGACUCAAGCACCACCCGGAGGUGCAGCCAGCGGACCGCAACCAGGAGGCUACGACAAUCUGGCAAGUGCCAUCGGAGCACCAGUGACGUUGAAUGGACAGAAGGCGUACGGUGCAUUCAUCUCGCCAGGUACUGGCUACCGAAACGAUGUCACAAACGGCGUGGCGACAGGAGAUGCAGCCGAAGGUAUGUACGCCAUCUUCGACGGGACACACUACAACGAUGCCUGCUGCUUCGACUACGGCAACGCCGAGACAGACAACCUCGACACUGGCAACGGCCACAUGGAGGCUCUGUACUUCGGUACCAACACCAUCUGGGGAACUGGCGCCGGCAACGGACCAUGGGUCAUGGCAGACCUCGAGAACGGCCUCUUCUCCGGUCAGAACGUCAAGAAUAACCCAGCUGAUCCAACCGUGACCUACCGCUUCCUUACUGCAGCGCUCAAGGGCGGUGCCAACAAGUGGGCCAUCAGGGCCGGCAACGCUGCAAGUGGAGGUCUAUCAUCGUUCUACAACGGUCCACGUCCAAAUGCCUCCGGCUACAACCCCAUGAGCAAGGAAGGCGCCAUCCUCCUCGGCAUCGGCGGUGACAACAGCAACGGAGCGCAGGGAACUUUCUACGAAGGCGUCAUGACCACCGGCUACCCAUCCGACGCCACCGAGAACUCCGUCCAAGCCAACAUCGUCGCAGCCAAAUACGCCGUCGGCGCCCUGACCAGCGGCAAAGCCCUCACCGUCGGCUCGACCGUCACAAUCCGCGCCACAACCCCAGGCUACGAUACCCGCUACCUCGCCCACGACGGUUCAACCGUCAACACCCAAGUCGUCACCUCCUCCAGCAGCGCCACAGCCCAGGGUAAAGCCCAAUGGACAGUCCGCACCGGCCUCGGUAACAGCGGCUGCAUUUCAUUCGAGUCCAAGGAUACACCAGGUAGCUACAUCCGUCACAGCGCGUUCGUGCUCUACAUCCAGGCUAGCGAUGGGAGCAAGCAGUUCGACGAGGAUGCUACGUUCUGUCCCCAGACUGGGCUGCAGGGCAGCAACACUAAUUCGAUCCGAGCUUGGGGAUACCCGACGAGGUUCAUUAGGCAUUAUGAUAAUGUCGGCUAUAUUGCGACGAACGGUGGGCCGGAGGACUUUGAUAAUGCCAACUCGUAUAAUUAUGAUGUUAGCUUUGUGGUUGGGUCGGGGUUUUGA